AUGGAAGGACCUUCUGAAGAGCUGAUGAAAAAGAAACAAAAAUACAGUAAAGAAAAAAAAACUGAUACAAGAAAAAGUCUGACCGGUAUUCAGAAAGCUGAAAUAUGCCACCUAAAGCAAAAAGGAGUUAGUCAAAUUAGACUAGCCGAACAGUUUGGUGUAGCCGAAGCUACAAUCUCAGGUAUUAUUCAUAAAAAAGAAAAGUGGUUAGCACUUGAUUUAAACUCGAACAAUGCCCAUUCAAAGCGACAAAGGGCUAGAAAAUAUCCUCUGGUAGAAGAAGCACUUGCGCUUUGGAUAUCAAGAGCAAAUACUGCGCUGCAAACAAUUACAGGUGCAAUAGUUAACCGUAAAGCAACACAACUCGCGGAAGGGCUUGAAGUGACAGGUUUCAACGCAUCCGAUGG